UCUCGUAUGAUCUGAGCUCACUAAUACAUAUGUAUGCAUCGAGCAUGCUUGACAUUCGUUUCACAUUGCGUUUUAAAACUCCCAGCUCCCAGUUAUAGCCAGUUAUAGCCACUAAGUUGAUUCGCAAGAAAAUACGAUUCUCCCAUUUUUUCAUAAAACACUGUCAAUUCGUCGUUUAAAAGUAUCGAUCGUCUCUAGGAUUAAGAAUCAGUAGUUGUUCCUAAAGUAGAUGAAUCGUAGUGAUUACGAUGAUUUUAACCUUGAUUUUCGAAAUGAUGCUUAUCCAUGCUGUUGGUGAUUUAAACGCUCCGGAAGUGCGAUAAUCAUAACUAAUUUACAAGUUGACCCUUCGAGCCUCGUGACUCACACGAUAACAGAUCUAUAUACUAACAGCACAAAAUGCGUAGUAGAAGCAAUUCUGGUGUCCGUUUGGACUAUUAUCAACGGAUUAUUCACAAGAUAAUCAUGAACCAUCAGAAUCCAGUUACUGGACUCUUUCCUGCAAGUGCUGACAAUGAUCAUGCUUGGAUACGGGAUAAUGUUUAUUGCAUACUUGCUGUAUGGGGUCUGUCGAUGGCCUAUAAAAAGAUAGCAGAUGCUGAUGAAGAUAGAGCAAAGACUUAUGAACUCGAGCAGAGCUGUGUAAAGCUAAUGAGAGGUCUUUUGAUGGCAAUGAUGCAGCAGAAGGAGAAAGUAGAAAAAUUCAAGGCCAGUCAAAACCCACAUGAUGCCUUGCAUGCUAAAUACAGCUCCACCAAUGGUCAAACUGUGGUUGGAGAUACUGAAUGGGGACAUCUUCAAAUUGAUGCAAUUUCUCUAUAUCUUUUAAUUCUAGCCCAAAUGACAGCUUCUGGCUUGCAAAUUGUUUUCAAUCUGGAUGAGGUGGCUUUUAUUCAGAACUUGGUAUUUUAUAUUGAAUCUGCCUAUUGCACUCCAGACUAUGGAAUUUGGGAAAGAGGAGAUAAAACAAAUCACGGUUUGCCAGAAUUAAAUGCAAGUAGUAUUGGAAUGGCCAAAGCUGCAAUGGAGGCGAUGAACGAAUUGGAUUUAUUUGGUGCGAGAGGUGGACCAACAUCGGUUAUUCAUGUUUUGGCUGAUGAAGCACAAAAGUGUCAAGCUGUGUUGCAAUCCAUGCUACCCAGAGAGUCAAAUUCCAAAGAGUUAGACAGUAGUUUGCUGUCGAUUAUAAGUUUCCCUGCAUUUGCAGUGGAUGAACCUAAUUUGAUUCUUGAGACACGUGAGGCUAUUACCAAAAAAUUGCAAGGACGAUAUGGGUGUAAAAGAUUUUUAAGAGAUGGAUAUAAAACACCUAAAGAGGAUGUAAAUAGGUUAUAUUAUGAGCCUUGGGAACUCCGUAUGUUUGAAAAUAUCGAAUGCGAGUGGCCAUUGUUCUUCUGUUAUUUAAUAUUGGAUUACUGCUUCCAAGGUAAUAAAGAAGCAGCUGAGACAUUUACCAAACAAUUGGAGGAAGUAAUGAUUAAAGGGGAAGAUGGUAUGAAAUUGGUGCCUGAAUUAUAUUCCGUUGCACCUGAAAAUGUAUCAGCGGAAUAUGCUGAACCUGGUAGCCAAAACCGAAUAGUUUUAGGUAGAUGUCCAUUUAAAUGGGCGCAAUCUCUGUAUAUUCUAGGAAAAUUGCUGCAAGAGGGAUUUCUCGCAGUUGGCGAAUUAGAUCCCUUAAAUAGACGAUUAUGUAGCGAGAAAAAGCCGGAUGUUGUGGUACAAGUAGUUAUCUUGGCAGAAGACUCAGAAAUCAGAGAAAAAAUUGCGCAGCACGAUAUUCAUGUACAAACAAUUGCAGAAGUUGCACCGAUUGAAGUCCAACCUGCAAAAGUUCUCAGUCAUUUGUACACAUAUUUAGGACGCAAUAGGAAAUUAGGACUAUCUGGACGUAAGUCAAGAGACGUAGGAAUUCUCAGCACUAGUAAACUGUAUUCCUUACAAGAUAAAAUAUUUGCGUUCACACCACAGUUGACAGAUAUGACCCGCUUCUACAUCGCAUCGGACUAUGAGCUCAUGAUUGACAUAUUCAAAGGUGAAAUUAAUUUCUUGAAGUCUAGUUGGCAGAAUAUGUUGGGCCGGCCUCUCGUGGUCAUGCCCCUCAAGAAUAUUCAUCUAGACCAGGGUAAAAUACCGUUAGCUAUGAUAACCACCUUAAAAAAACUUAAAAGCGGCUACAUCAACGGUACUAGAGUAGCAUUGGGAAAUUUGAACGAAUUCUUGAGCACGUCAUGUAUCACGAAUCUUAGUUUCCUAGGAAGUUCCGAGGAUGGCCGACCUGAUAAACUAAAUCCUCAGAUCCAACAAUAUUUGGAGGAACAUUUAAUGCGGCCAUUCCCUCAUCGUACAGGACUUCUCAGUAAGCACGUACAAGGAAUACGUUCAGGCAAAAAUCUGCGGCGUCGAAUGUCCGUGAAAGGCGCGAUAAAAAAGACACGAUCCAUAGCUGUCGAACCUGAAAUUCUUGGAAUGGCAGGGGAAGACCGUAGACAUUCUACCAUUUUAAUUACAAAUCCAUUUAUUGAAGUGACGGAUACUACCUUGUCUCUCAACGCCACUCAAUCAGUGAUGGCGGAACGCACACCAUCACCAACAGAUGAGCUGUUAUCAUGGAGAAAUUCUCCCAAAACUAAACAUAGGACAAUAAGUGAAACUCAGUAUGCCGAAACUGAAGUGGAAGAAUUGCUGUCUAUGCUGCGCGAAACGGAGAGCCUUGAAGAACAAGGAGAUAUUUUGCAGUUUAUUGUGGAUUCAAAGGGAUUACUCUUUGAUACAGGCGUAAUGGAAGAAGGACAUCCUGUUUUGGUGAAAGAUUUAUUAAAGAGUCUUUAUGAGAAGGCUUGUCAACAAAAAAUGUGGGGUAUCGUGCGACAUAGCGCGGGUAUGCUGGGUAAAAGGGUGGAAGAUUUAGCAAAAGCAGUUACCGAUCUACUAGUACGACAAAAACAAGUUACUGUUGGCAUGCCACCGAGCAACGAACAUACGAUAGUCGCACCUCUACCAGAGAAUGAACUCCGAGCUUUAAUCCAUCAGGCGUACGGUGACGAUGAGUCAACCGCUAUGUUGACACAGGAAUUGCUCGUUUAUCUAGCAAUGUUUAUUAGAACGGAGCCACAAUUGUUUCUAGAGAUGUUGAGACUUCGUGUUGGUCUGAUCAUACAAGUUAUGGCGACGGAACUGUCACGAACAUUAAUCUGUACCGGUGAAGAAGCCUCUGAACACUUGUUAAAUCUAUCCCCUUUCGAGAUGAAGAAUUUACUGCAUCACAUUAUGAGCGGCAAAGAAUUUGCUAUUAGUAGUGUUGGCCGUGGCAAUUUUUCUGUCAUUAGCUGUAAAUCAAGUAGAGUCAGCAAGAAAUCUCAAAUUGGUGGUUUCUUAACUACUGAUCAGAAUGCGGAUAGCGCUGAGACAGAAGCAGAUCGGCAAGGUCAAUGGUUGCGAAGGCGACGGUUAGACGGUGCGUUGAACAGAGUACCGAGAGAUUUCUACCCGCGUGUAUGGCAAGUGCUCGAAAAGUGUCAUGGCUUAGCAAUUGAAGGCAGAGUACUGCCUCAAAAUCUCACACAAGAAAUGACAUCUGGUGAAUUGAAAUUUGCAUUGGCUGUAGAAACUGUUUUGAAUACUAUACCACAGCCGGAAUAUCGUCAACUAGUCGUUGAGGCGUUAAUGGUACUAACGUUAGUGACCGAAUACAACGUUGCGCCAUCUUUAGGUGGUUUGAUCGAGGUAGAACAUUUAGUACAUAAAGCAAACGCUAUCUUCUUGGAAGAUCAGAUGGCUAUCGACGGUGACGCGACAUUAUGUUGUGCAAAACCAAAGGAGCAACGUGAGAUGACUGCCAUGGGAACACUCCUCUGUGGUGGAGCUGCUUACAUUUGUCAACACUUUUACGAUUCUGCGCCCAGCGGAAGUUAUGGAACAAUGACAUAUAUUACAAGAGCCGUCGCCGUGACGCUUGAUUGUUUACCGAAAGAUGGCGAUUUAGAAUGCUCAAUAUCUUAAAAAUUUUAGAAAUGAAAGAUCUUUAUGUCGUAGAAAGAUUACAAAUAUAAAUAUUUUGGACAAACUUGCAUUGCAAUUUUUUUGUUGUAAUCUCGCAUGUUGUAUAAUUUUUUGCAACUAAAUAUUUCAGUUUUAAUUGAAAAAAAUAUAAAAAUAUUCUAAUAAAUAACGAAUUAAUAUACAUAUAUACAUAUCCUGUUAUAAAUUAUAGAUGUUGAUCUUACAAUGUUAUAAUUUAACUUUGUGGUUAUAAAUUCAGUAGAAAUCUGUAAUCGCAUUUUAGAAAAAUCAGAAAUUGAAUGAACGGAAUAUAAAUAAA